AUGUCGACGUGCGCCGCGAGCCUGGCGCCGCUGCUGGGCACGGCGGCGGCGAACGCGACGGACUACCUGUGCAACCAGUUCGCGGACACCACCACGGCGAUCGACUCGACGUACCUGCUCUUCUCCGCCUACCUGGUGUUCGCCAUGCAGCUCGGCUUCGCCAUGCUCUGCGCGGGCUCCGUCCGGGCCAAGAACACCAUGAACAUCAUGCUCACCAACGUGCUCGACGCCGCCGCCGGCGCGCUCUUCUACUACCUCUUCGGCUUCGCCUUCGCCUUCGGUACGCCCUCCAACGGCUUCAUCGGGAAGCACUUCUUCGGCCUCCGUGACGUUCCCCAGGUCGGCUUCGACUACAGCUUCUUCCUCUUCCAGUGGGCCUUCGCCAUCGCCGCGGCCGGGAUAACCUCCGGCUCCAUCGCGGAGCGGACGCAGUUCGUGGCCUACCUCAUCUACUCGGCCUUCCUCACCGGCUUCGUCUACCCUGUGGUGUCCCACUGGAUCUGGUCCGCCGACGGCUGGGCCUCCGCCUCCCGGACGUCGGGGCCGUUGCUCUUCAACUCCGGCGUCAUCGACUUCGCCGGGUCCGGGGUUGUCCACAUGGUCGGCGGCGUGGCCGGGCUCUGGGGCGCGCUCAUCGAGGGCCCCCGCAUUGGGCGGUUCGACCACGCCGGACGAGCGGUGGCGCUGCGCGGGCACAGCGCGUCGCUCGUCGUCCUGGGCACCUUCUUGCUGUGGUUUGGCUGGUACGGGUUCAACCCCGGCUCGUUCCUCACCAUCCUCAAGUCCUACGGCCCGCCCGGCAGCAUCCACGGGCAGUGGUCGGCGGUAGGCCGCGCGGCCGUGACGACCACCCUCGCCGGCAGCACGGCGGCGCUGACGACGCUGUUCGGGAAGAGGCUCCAGACGGGGCACUGGAACGUGCUGGACGUCUGCAACGGCCUCCUGGGCGGCUUCGCGGCGAUCACCGCGGGGUGCUCCGUGGUGGACCCGUGGGCGGCGAUCAUCUGCGGGUUCGUGUCGGCGUGGGUGCUCAUCGGGCUGAACAAGCUGGCCGCCAGGUUCAAGUUCGACGACCCGCUGGAGGCGGCGCAGCUGCACGGCGGGUGCGGCGCGUGGGGCGUCAUCUUCACGGCGCUGUUCGCGCGCAGGGAGUACGUGGAGCAGAUCUACGGCGCGCCGGGGCGGCCGUACGGGCUGUUCAUGGGCGGCGGAGGGCGGCUGCUGGGCGCGCACGUGGUGCUGAUCCUGGUGAUCGCGGCGUGGGUGAGCUGCACCAUGGGCCCGCUGUUCCUGGCGCUCAACAAGCUGGGGCUGCUGCGCAUCUCCGCCGAGGACGAGAUGGCCGGCAUGGACCAGACGCGGCACGGUGGGUUCGCGUACGCCUACACCGACGAGGACUCCAGCAGCAGGCCGGGCCGCGGCGCCGGCGGCAGCGUCGGAGGGUUCAUGCUCAAGUCGGCGCAGACCUCGCAGGUCGCGGCCGACGCCACGUCCCCGAGCAGCUCGGUCUAG